GGGUGCGGGGUGUGGGGAGGCCGCCGGGCUCCGGGCACCGCGGUGUAGGCCCAAGCGGGGCUCGUUGGGCUCGGCCGCUCGUCUCGGUGCCGCCAUGUGGUCCGUGCUGUGGAGCGCCGUGCGAACCCACGCGCCUUACGUCACCUUCCCCGUGGCCUUCGUGGUGGGUGCCGUUGGAUACCACCUGGAGUGGUUCAUCCGCGGCCCCAGCCCGCCGCCGGCCGAGGAGGAGGAGAAAAGCAUCUCUGAACGGAGGGAGGAUCGAAAACUACAGGAGAUUGCGGGCAAGGACCUGACCGAGGUGGUGAGCCUCAAGGAGAAGUUGGAGUUUGCCCCUCGGGCGGUGCUGAACAGGAACCGGCCCGAGAAGAGUUGAUGGAGCUGUCGGUUCUGCCGGCGCGGCUGAAGCUGAGGACUCCCAGCUGGCCCUGGGCUGUGCACAGCAGCACUGUGCUGGGGCUCCUCUGCACCUGCACACCUCUGCCCACCACCCCGUCCUGCACCUGGCUGUGCUCGGGCUGUUCUCUGCCUCUAUGUCACCUUCCCUGGGCUCUGCAGACCUGUCAGGGUUUGCCCACCCUGUGAAUGUCUCCAGGACUACAGCCAGACUCUGUCCUCCACAGCUGAUGGGGAACGGGGCAAUGGUUUGGAGAUGGAAUGUGUGAAACUCACCAGCUCUCAACCCAUUCUGGCCUUGGCAGCACGAAACCUUCAUGGCUUUAUCCGCCACACGUGUCGCUUUAGGUUUGAUUUCUUUGUGGGCAUGGAAACAGAAGAGAUCUGCUCUCUACUGUACGUUUGGACCUGAGUGAUAUGGGGUAGGGUGGGCUGACUGCAGGGCGAGGAGGACCUGCCCUCCUACUUCCAUCUCCUCUUGCUCUUUGUGAACCCAGACUGGUUUGCUAGAGACCUCAGCACCUCACCAACAUGUUAUCACCAUGAGAGCCUGAGUACAGUGGGGAUCUGGAAGCUCUCUGCACCAUCCUGGGGCUUUGCAGCAGAGAAAUGGACCAGGAGGCAGACAUCCCGGCCCUGCAUCCAUUGUGGAGCUCAGAGGUGUAGAGAAUGAGAACUCUUGCUUUGUACAGGCACAGCCAGAUUAAACUUCUGUGAGUCCUGGG